GUCAACGACCAACGACAAUUGUGAACGUCAACUAACUGGGAUAUUUACAUCUACAUUCCAUGAUGGCAAUAUUUGUGAAAUUUUCGUAAAGGUGAUAAACUAAUAUAUUUUUGAAAUGAUAAUGUCCUCGGCAAACAUGUCUCAAAAUAAUUCAUACUCAAACGAUCGUGGUUUUUGAUGCAGAUUAUGUAGUAGAUCCAGCAUCUGGAGGCUUCUUUCAUGCAGACUUCAAAAGGCACGAUGAUCUCAAGGAAAUGCUGGACUCAAAUAAAGAUAACUUAAAGCUAGAAGCUAUGAAAAGAAUCAUAGGGAUGAUAGCUAAAGGAAGAGAUGCAUCUAUGCUAUUCCCCAGCAGUUGUGAAAAUGUCGUCUCAAAGAAUAUUGAAGUGAAAAAAGUUAGUAUAUGUCUACCUGGAAAGAUAUGCUGAAGAAACAGCAAGACUUGGCUCUCGUAUCUAUAUCAACUUUCCAACGAGCUCUGAAGGAACCAAACCAGUUAAUACGAGCAGGAGCUCUAAGAGUGUUAUCUAGCAUACGAGUUAAAGUAAUAGCACCAAUUGUGAUGUUAGCAAUAAGAGAUGCAUCAUCUGAUAUGUCACCUUAUGUUAGAAAAAACUGCUGCUCAUGCUAUCCCUAAGUUAUAUAGUUUGGAACCUGAGUUAAAAUCCGAACUGAUAUCAAUAAUUCAAAAACUACUAGCAGACAAAACAGUGCUAGUGAUAGGUUCAGCAGUAAUGGCAUUCUCAGAAGUGUGUCCAAAAAGGGUAGAUUUGAUCCAUCAAGUUUACAGGAAGCUUUGUGCCUUGUUAGUGGAUGUUGAUGAAUGGGGCCAGGUUACAAUUGUCAAUAUGUUAACACACUAUGCCAGGACACAAUUUGCUGACCCAAAUUUACAUAAUACAGCUAAUGAAUCGGACAAAGAUUCUUAUGACUCAAACUCUGAGUUGUCGGAUAAACCUGUCCCAAGCUUGGACCCAGAUCAUCGUUUAUUAUUGCGUUCAACACGUCCGUUGCUGCAGUCGAGGAAUGCAGCUGUUGUGAUGGCAGUUGCACAAUUGUAUUAUCACUCAGCACCCGCCAGCGAAGCUCCACUGGCUGCCAAAGCAUUAGUUAGGUUACUGAGAUCUCAUGUUGAAGUUCAGAGCAUCGUUUUGAACACAAUAGCUUCAAUCAGCGCUAAGAACAAAGGGAUGUUUGAACCUUAUCUGAAAACAUUUUUUGUGAGAACUUCCGAUCAUACAAACAUUAAAUUGUUGAAGUUGGAGAUACUGACGAAUCUAACCACGGAUGCCAAUGUUUCAAUCAUCCUUAUGGAAUUGCGAACAUAUGUUUUCAACAGUGAUAAGAAUUUUGUUGCUGCCACUAUUCAAGCCAUUGGAAGAUGUGCCUGUUCAAUUUCAGAAGUUACAGAUUCGUGCCUUAACGGGUUGGUCUCUCUCUUAUCUGAUGGAGAUGAAGCUGUAGUUGCGGAAAGUGUAGUGGUCAUAAAAAGACUGUUGCAGAUGCAAGCUGCCGAUCCCAAAGAAAUAAUCACACAUAUGGUGAGACUGCUCUGUAGCAUAACGGUAGCUCAGGCGAGAGCAGCCAUCUUGUGGCUGUUGGGAGAACACUCGCAGAAAGUUCCUAAUAUUGCGCCCGAUGUCCUCAGGAAAAUGGCUAAGACUUUUUCAGACGAGAAUGAUAUUGUUAAACUACAAAUAAUGAACUUAGCAAUUAAAUUAUACAUAACAAAUCCGGAGAAAACAGCUCUUUUAUGUCAAUAUAUUUUCAGUUUAGCUAGAUAUGAUCAAAACUAUGAUAUAAGAGAUAGAGCUAGAUUACUUAAACAUUUUGUACCUAAUCAAGAGGGAAGAAUUCGGUCACAAGCGGCUAGAAUAUUUUUGGCCAGCAAACCAGCACCUUUACUCCAAUCACAGUUCAGAGGAUACCGAGGAGUUGCAGCUAGGUUCUCUUUCACAUUAUAUCAGGCAAAGGGCGAACGGCUAUAAACCUUUACCGCCAUUCCCUGAAAAUCCUCCUCCUGGUGAUAUUAGAAAUGUAGAACCUUUGUAUGGAGAAGAAAACUCAAAAUCCUACAAUGAGGCGAACAAAAAAGGUAAAGAAUUAUUCAGUUGGGAGUCUGAUGCCAGUUCAAAUGGAAAUAGUAACCCGAGCAGUUCUGGUAGUGAAUCUUCCUCUGGUAGCACCGAUUCUGAAGAGGAUUCGGCUGAAGAAGAGUCUGGUGAAGAAGAAUCUGAAAACCAAAAAUCAUCAUCGUCCGAAGAUUCAGUAUCUAUGAGUGAAGAAUCAAGUUUGGAAGAGCAGCAUGUUCCAAAAACAAAUUCUAAACACGAUCACGUGAACAACGUAAAAGAGAAAAAAUCAAAUCUAGAUCUCCUCCUAGAUUUGGACUUGAGAAGCCCUGCUCCUGUGCUGACACCUUCUUUGGGUGGUUUUUUCACUCCAUCUGGUGGUGGUGACAAAUCAUAUGAUAUACAGGUUGUACAGCCGACGUUCACCCACACGAAACCCAUAGAACUGUUGAAUCGAAUCAGCGGCAGGGGAAUGUCAGUUACAUAUAGAUUUACUAGAAGUCCACAUUUGUACUCACCGAGCAUGACGAAUAUUAAUUUGUCCUUCACGAAUCAUACUGAAGAAGAGAUCACUGACAUAAGACUGGGGAAAAAGAAUUUGAUGACUGGUAUGAGUCUCCAUGACUUUGCAUAUAUAUUAACACUACCUCCAAACUGCUCCUUGCCGGCCACUCUUGGGGUUGAUUUUAAUGACAGUACUCAACCUGCCAACUUUGAGAUCGUGUCUUCUUUAGGUAUUUUCAACGUAUUCAUAAAGCCAACAGUAGGAGAGUUGGUUCGACCAAUAAAAAUGCCGAAAGCAUUAUUUCUGGAAAAGCAGUCAAGGCUGAAAGGUAUGCAUGAACAUUCCGUGGUGUUGCCUCAAUGUGUUGACAACAUCGUUCAAAGAGUUGCUGAGACGACAAAUCUGGGCCCUUGCGAUGAUUCCGAUCCUGAUGUUUAUAGGUUUGCUGGACAUACCAUGGCGUCUUCGAAUUUGACACUGGUGACAGUUUUCAAGAGUGAGAAGAUCACGCUGACUGUGAACUGUGAGAAUGUUAUUUUUGUUUCUGUUAUGCUCAAUGAACUGAUAAGUAAUUUGAGUUCAUAGAAUCAGUUUAUUCAUUUUGUUAGCAGAAAUAUCCGUUUCUUCUUGGUUUUUGGCUGUCUUCAUGUUGAAAAAUAUUCGCUUGUAUUUUUCCUAUUAUCAUUACAUAACGUGUCGUACUUUAUAUACAUAUAUUAAUAAAGCAAUUAAUUAUUGUUAUAA